AACCAAAUAAUUAAUUGCAAUAAAUAAAGAAAACAACAAAAGUGUGCAAUUUAUAAACAUAUUAAAAAAAAAAAGAAGAAAAUGCAAUAACUUAAAUGCAUAAAUAUUUAAACAACUCGACAACUACACAUUUAUCAACGUUGGAUUUCUUAGAAACAACGAUAAUUAAAGUUAAAUACUUUAACAAUUAUCAACAAAUAUUCCGUGACUUUUUUUGCGACUAAUUAUAAAAGCUUGCAGCAUAGAACCAUACAGCAUGCCAAGCAGGCUGAUAAGCAUGUGCUAAGCAAACUGACUCCCUCAACUGCUGUCAUUUUGUCGAAUACCAGGAAGGUGCUGAGAGAGAUACGGUUGCAGAUACCAAGGCCUUUAGCAUGGUGCGACUUAAUGUUGCCGAGCAGCAGAGUACCGUCAGCAGCAACAGCAAUAGCAACAGUAGCAACAACAACAUUAACAACAACGGAGGCAACAGCAGCAACAGCCACAACACUGAGAGCAGCAACAAUGCGGGCAGCUGCUCAUCGACAACAUCGUCGACGACGAGCUUGAAUAGCCUGAAUGCCAACUCUGCCUCGCCCGCCUGCAACAUUGUAAUGUUGCAAAAUAAUACACCGGUGCCGGCAGCCUCGCAGUGGCAACAGCAGCAGCAGCAGCAACAGCAUCAACAGCCGCAGCUUCAGCCUCAGCAGCUGCAACAGCACACGCCCUUGGAUGGCGCCUCGUUGCCAGCAUCGCCGCCACUGUUGCAGCAAACAGCGACACCGCCACAGGGUGCCCAAAUUGUGCCACCCGUGUGUGCGCUACAUCAUCCGCAGCAGCAGUUAACGCUGUUAGCGGCCAUGCAGCAUCACCAUCAUCAUAUGUUGCAGCCACCAAACAACCAUGGCCUGCACCAUGGCCCAAACCCACCAGCAGCAACACAAGCCGCACUACCACCACAACAGCAGCAGCAGCAGCAGCAGACUUCUCAACCGCAUGAGAAUGGACACGGUGGCAUCUCACCCAACGGCAGCUCGGGUGGUGGCUCCUCGGCGAGCAGUGUGAGCAGCGUGUCAAGCAACAGCGGUGGCGGUCUUAGUGGUGGCAGCCACGGAAAUAACUCGAGCAACGGCACCAAUGGCAUCGGGCCACCAGUGAAUGCCCCGCUGCCGCCGCCGGGACCACUCUAUAUACAGUAUCCCGGCGAGUAUUUUCCAUCGGAAUACUAUAUAGCACCGCACCCGCACGAGGGUAUCUGUCCACAGCAUCCGCAUCAUCCGCACGCGCAUCAGCAUCAUCAUCAGCCCAUGUGCGCCAUCUCGGCGGAAUAUGGUCCAGCGGCAGUUCAAAUGGUUUCCCACAAUCGACCGCCACCGACGAUGACGGUGCCCGUACCGGUACAGGUGCCACCGUACGUUCAUGAGAAUGGAACACUGACCCACGUAGUGCUGCCCCCGCAGCAGUACCAGCAGUUGCACCCCGGACAGGGUCAUCUGCAUGCAACGCCAUUUAUAAGCAGCAAUGGCACAUCGCAUUUUUAUACGCCGCUGCCCAGCUACUCACCCGGUCCUGGGCCGGCUGGCAAUGGACCACCUCACUAUCAUAUGCCACCGCAGCCGCAGCCACCACAGCAGCAGCAGCAGCCCGGCGUCCAACAGCAGCAGCAACAGUCGACGGCGACGUCAGGCGUUGGUGGAGCACCUUCGUCGCAUCUACAUUCCCCGCACUCGCCGUCGCCGCCCAACUAUCGGGAUGAGCGCAGCCAGCGCCAGCAUACAAAACUGCUGCGCAAACUGGAAAAGCAACGCGAGCAGAACUCGAGCAUGUCCACGCCCACGCAUUCGCCUUCACCGCGUCGCAGUGACCUCAAUGGUCACUUCAACAGCAACAACAACAACAGCAACAACAACAUUCCAAUGCAACAGCACCAACACAACAACAACAAUCACAUGCACAACCAUGGACGCCGUCUGCCGCCCCACCAACAACAACAACAUCAGCAGCAACAGCAACAGCAGCAGCAGCAACACGUUCGCCAAACCGUCAACGUUCCUAGCACAACAACUGGCCAACAACAAGUGCAGCAGGUGGCUGCCACAACACAGCGCACCGGCAGCUCGGUGGGCACCUCGGAGGAUGGCGAAGAUACAUCCAGUCUGGCCGCCGAGGAUGACGAGGACUACCAGGCACUGAUAGUGGACCAAAUCUCCGCCAUCGACAAGCCCGAUGUGAUCGAUGUGAGCUCUCGCACUGCGAAGAUCAUCUGGGUACCACCAGCCAUGUCGGAUGAGUUGCUGGUCCAAGAUCUGCGCUACCAGGUGCUGCUCAGCGAUACAGGGAAACAGUGCAAAUACAAGAGUCUCUACCUGGGCGAGGCGUACGAGUGCAUUGUGCAGGAUCUGCAGCCGGGCCAGGACUAUCUGGUGCGGCUGCAGGUGCACUAUCAGCAGCUCCAGGGCAGCGUCAGUGAACCCACCGAGUUCAAGACGCCCGCCUGCGAACCGGAUCAGCCUCUGCCGCCGAAGCUGGUGUCGCGCACCAAGAGCUCCAUCAAUUUGCGCUGGACGGCGCCUGCCUCGAAUGGUGCUCCCAUUCAGCACUAUCUGCUCGAGUACGAUGUGGGCCGUGGCAAUGCGCUGCAAUUUGUCGAGCUGGCCAAGAUCAAGGCCAAGCACUAUGUGCUCAACAAGCUGCAGUCGACGACCGUCUACAGCUUUCGGCUGGCCGCCGUCAAUGAGGUUGGCCAGUCCGUCUACUCGCAGGUGAGCAGCUACAGCACCGCUGGCAAUCCACCCACAGUGCCCAUGGCGCCACAGCUGCAGGCGUGCGGCGCCAGCUCGUUGCGUUUGGUCUGGGAACGGCGGCCGCAAGACGGUGACUUUCUGCUGCAGCUGCAGGAUGCGGACACCGGACAUGGUUACCUGAACAGCUACAAGGGCGGCGACACCCACUACGAGUGCCAGCAGCUGCGACGCGCCACCAGCUAUCAAUUCCGUCUGCGUGCCGAGAACGAUGCCGGCGUCUCGCCCUGGUCCCCGGAGGUCAGCUACAGCACCGUUGCCGAGCGUCCCGGGCGACCCGGGAAGCCGCAUGUCAAGGGCAAGAUACACGGCACACACUUCAAGGCGCGCUGGGAGCCACCGUCGGACAACGGUGGCUGCGAUGCGUUGCGCUACCAUCUCGAGCUGAGCAUGGGUGCCAGCUUCGAGCGGAUCUACUCUGGCAGCGAGACGGAGGCAAUGUGUGAUCGCCUCCAGCCGGGCGUCACUUAUCAGUUGCGUGCGUGCUGCGAGGGCUCGGCCGGUGAGAGCGCCUUCUCGGACAUUGGCCAUGUGACCACGGAGGCAGUGCCGCCCGGUGCACCGCCAGCGCCUCAAUGCGAUGCGCCGCCAACGCCUUAUGCGGUGCGGCUGAGGCUCAGCCAGCCGGAAUACAAUGGUGGUGCGCCGGUGCUCGAAUUUGAGGCGCAACUGCGUCAUCUGGAAAUCUCGGAACAGACGCUGCCAUUGGCAACGCAAAGCGUCUAUCGGGGCCAACAGGAUUGCUUUGUGGCACAGCAGCUGCAACCCGGCGGCAUCUACGAGGUGCAAGCGCGUGCCAUCAAUCGCAUCGGCGCCGGCAGCUGGUCGCAGUGGUUGCGCUUCACAGCGGCCGCUGCACCACCCGGCGCAGCCGAAGCGCUCCAGGCGCUCGUCAAGUCCGCCACCCAUCUGAGCAUCAAUUGGCAGCCACCAAUGCUGCUCAAUGGCAGCCCAGUGACGGGGUACACGCUGCAGAACGCCAGCCAGCCGCUGGACGAGCCGCCCGUGGAGCCGUUGGGCACUCAAUUCCAUGGCUGCUACCAGGGCAGCCAGACCAACGUGGAGCUGCGCAAUCUGACGCCAUAUACGCGCUACUAUCUGCGCGUCCUCGCCAGCAAUGCAGCCGGCACCGGCCCACCCACAGAUGUGGUGUGCGUGUCGACGCCAUCGGCGGUGCCGGGCGCACCACAGAUGCAGGGCUACGAGUUCACCCACCAGGUGGUAACGCUCAACUGGACACAGCCAGCGGCGCAUGGCUCGCCCAUCUGCAGCUACAACAUUGAGUACGGUGAGCGGACGAUUGCCACACCGGAUGCAUGCACCCGUUACACGGUGCUCGGCCUGACGCCCGAGACGAGCUACAAGUUUCGCGUGCAGGCGGUGAAUGCGAUGGGCUCUGGUCCGUUCAGUGCCUAUGCCAAGCUGACGACACAACCAUCGCCGCCAGCACCGCCACGACUGGAGUGCAGCGGAUCGGGGCACAACUACAUCAAGCUCAAGUGGGGCGAGACUGGCAAAACGGCGCCAAACGGCACAACUGGCGGCAACAGCGGCAAUAGCGGAGGACCAGUGCCCGGCACCAAGUACCACGUGGAGAUGUAUGUGGCACGGGCGAAGCAAUUCCAGGCCGUCUACUCCGGCACCAAUUGCAUGUGCAAGAUACACAAGCUGCAGGAGCGCAGCAGCUACACAUUCCGCAUCUAUGCGCACACGGAUCGUGCCGGCGAUGGCGAAUACUCCGAGGAGUACAUAUUCGAGACGAGCGCCACGCUGCCGGCAAACAUUAAGGCGCCGCGGGUGAUGCACGAGAGCGGCGUCUGUGUGCUGGAUCGGGCCAAUCAGCCGGCGAUGCAGCUGACCCUCGAGUGGCAGCACUCGAAGAAUAGCUUCCAGGAUCGCGUCGAGUACGAGCUGCAAUAUGCCGUUGUCGCCUCGGAUGCGGAUGCCUCGAACUCACCCAAGGGUCGCAGCAGCAGCGGCUCCUCCAACAAUGCUGCUGCUGCUGCUGCUGCUCCGGUUGCGCUGAGCAAUCAGGAUUAUCGCCAGCUGUAUCGGGGCACAGAGACCAAGUUCACCAUUGAUAAUCUGGCGGCGGGCACCUGCUACCAGUUUCGUGUGUGUCCCGUGCGUGUCACCGCCGCCGGCGAUCUGUUCCAUGGCCAAUCUUCGGUGGCGUUGCGCUACCAGGUGCCCAGUAAUUUGGAUGUCAGUUCGGCGGUUGCUGUGCGCCAGCAUCUGUUGCACGGUGCGAGUGCGGCGCCGACACAUGCCACACAGCGCUCCAGCCGCAAACUGUCCUCGAGCAACGGCUCCAGCGCCAGUGGAUUGCAUCUGCGUUCGGUUAGCGCCUCUGCGAUUAGCGGCAGCAGCGGUGUCGGCGCCGAUGCCCAGGCAAUUAGUCGGCUGCAGCAUGAGUUGUCGGCGAGCAGCUUCAAGUCUUGCGCAGAUCCGAGGCAUCAUCAUCAUCACCACCAUCACCAUCAUCAGCAUCCGGGGUGUGCCGCUGAAGCAGCAGCGAGCGCCUCCAGUCUGGCCACCCUGCCAGCGUCCUCGACGCUGCUGUUGCGUGGCAAUCAUAUGCAUCACCAGCACUUGCAUCAUUCACACCACAUGCAUCAUGCCCACUACAGGCAUCCCUCGGCCGCUGCCGGCGCCGGCAUUCUGCCCGGCACAAGCAACAGCAGCAACAGCAUCAUGAGCAGCGGCAGCAAUGGCAACUGCAGCAGCAACAUGCCGCACGGCAACAUUGUCCGAAGGAUUGUCGCCAAGCUGACGGCGCUGUAUUGCAACAGGAAGCGGCUGACGGAUCAGCAGAAGGCCGUCUUCUUUGUGGUUUCAUUUGUGUUUGUCACCUUCCUGGUUGCCAUGCUGGUGCACAUGCUCUGUGGCUAAGCCAAUGGCCAAUGGCAAAAAAAACACUGAUUGAUCACAAUUUUUUGGGUGUCACAAAAACAAAACAAAAAAUCAAAAAUUAAAACAAAAACAAAAAACGAUUACGAUUGCCUAGUUGUAAUUAACACUAUAAAAAUCUAUGUAUAUUCAAAAAGAAAUCAAAUCAAUUGUAAUCUAAUUAAUCACUCCUAAAACAUUAACAAAAAUCAACAAAAAAGAAAAGAAAAUGCAGAAACCAACUUCUUAACAAUAACAGCGUCAACAAUUGUAUUAAAUGUACACAAUGAAAACAUUCUUUAUGAACUUUUGUCGAUACACAAUUUAUAUAUAUAUAUAUAUAUUAUUGAAACAUACAUACACAC